AUGUCAAAGAAAGAGACGAAGGAAAAACUAAGUUGUCAAGAUUAUAGGCGUUUGAAUAGAUUUGAAAUUCUAAGAAUUGGUGAUAAAGAGAAAAUUAUUGCAAAACGAAAGAAUGAUGAUGUGGUUUCUAUAAGGUAUUAUUGCGAUGUUACGGAGGUACACGGCAUUUUAGAAAAAGUUCAUAAAGAUACUGGCCAUAAAAGAAGAUUAGGAAUGGAAAAAGAAAUUGCUAAGAAAUAUUGUAAUAUUCCCAGAAGUGUCAUUGAAGAGUAUUUGAAAUUAUGUGCUAUGUGUCAAUUAAAGAAAAAAUCGAAGCAGAAAGGAUUAGUAGUAAAACCAAUAAUUUCUACAGGAUUUAAUAAAAGGGGACAAAUUGAUCUUAUUGAUAUGCAAACAGAACCGGAUGGCCCUUAUAAGUUUAUCAUGAAUUACCAAGACCACCUCACAAAAUUUGUGUUUUUAAAACCUCUAAAAACUAAAAAGGCAGAAGAAGUAGCAUAUAACUUGAUGGAUAUUUUUUGCAUAGUCGGGGCACCUUGCUUGCUUCAUAGUGACAAUGGCAGAGAAUUUGUGAAUCAAGUAAUUACUAGCCUUGCAGAUAUGUUUCAAGCGAAAAUAAUUCAUGGUAAACCACGUCAUUCUCAAAGCCAAGGGUCCAUCGAGAGAGCGAACCAAGAUAGAAGUUACACGAUGAGGACGACAUUUAUAGAUUAG